CUAUAACACAAUAGGAAUGGGUACUCAAAGGAACUUCAAGGUGGUACCAAAAGCUCCAGAACCACCUCGAAGAGUGAACCUUCAAGACUUGAGGAAAUGGAAGAAGGAAGGGAGAAAGAUUGUUAUGAUAACUGCAUAUGAUUAUCCUUCAGCUGUACAUGCAGAUCUUGCAGAAAUAGAUGUAGUGUUGGUUGGUGAUUCGGUUGCGAUGGUAGUUCUGGGUCACGAUACGACACAAAAGGUGACUUUGACCGAUAUGAUUCAUCAUUGUCGUGCUGUCGUUAAUGGUUGUAAGCGUCCACUUAUCGUUGGAGAUUUGCCUUUUGGAAGUUAUGAAAUUUCUUCAGACCAAGCCAUGUCGAGUGCUUAUAGAUUGGUCAAGGAAGGAUCUGUAGAUGCUGUGAAGUUGGAAGGAGGUAAGAAAGUAGCAGAAACUGUGCAUCGUAUUGUUCAAGGAGGAAUUGCUGUGAUGGGACAUGUUGGAUUGACUCCGGCAAGUGUGAGUGCUAUUGGUGGUUUUCGUUCCUUUGGAAGGAAUAGUAAAGAAGCAAAAGAUAUAUUGAAAGAUGCCAUUGCUUUAGAAGAAGCAGGUGCUUUUGCUAUUGUAUUAGAGUGUGUACCUGAAGUGGUUGCUAAACAUAUUACGGAGCUUUUAAAUAUUCCAACGAUUGGCAUUGGAGCCGGAAAAUACACUUCUGGACAAGUUUUAGUAUAUCACGAUAUGUGUGGAAUGUUACAACAUCCACAUCAUGCUAAAGUAACUCCCAAGUUUUGUAAGAAAUAUGCUCAAGUAGGAGAAGCUAUUCAAGAGGCGUUGGAAAACUAUCGUGAUGAAGUACGUAACGGAGAAUUUCCAAGUGAAACAUAUAGUCCAUAUCAUAUGCCAAAAGAAGAAUAUGAACAGUUUUUAGAAGAAAUUCAGUCGUUACAUCUCAUCGAAAGGAAUCACAAAUCACAAGAAAUUCAUUCCACCGAACAUUUAUAUGGCCAUUCCAAAUAGAAGAAGAUGGCAUUUGUUGCUUUUGCUAUAGGAAAGAAAAAGUUAUUCUUUCAUAGAAGAACUUGUAAAAGGUUAUCAUUAUUUUCAGUAAAUAUUCCAAAACGACCUUUGGUAGUACUUACUAGAGAACCUAGAAAGGAUGAAAAGCUUGCU